AUGCCCUCUCUUACACUGACGCCCGAAGAGGUAUCAAAACACAACCGCCUCGACGACCUCUGGCUCGCCAUCGACGGCUCCGUCUACAACUUUACAGACUUUGUCCGCGAGCACCCAGGUGGCAUCGCCGUGAUCCUAAAGUGCGCGGGCAAGGACGCCACCGAGGUCUACUCCGAAGUUCACGGGCCCAGCCUCGUCAAGUCGACCAUCCCCGCCUCGCACCACAAGGGCGUACUGGCCCCGGGAGCCAUCAUGGCGAAGCCUCGACCUCACAAGUGGCCGCAACAGGGUACGACGCACAAAGACGACAGCCAGGCAUCACCACCACCACCAUCACCACCAAUUGUCCCUUCAAAACCACCACUCAACACCCUCAUCAGCGCCCACGACUUCGAAUCCGCAGCCUCCACCUCCUUUUCCCCCAAAGCCUGGGCCUUCGUCUCCUCCGCAGCAACAGACCUCCACACAAAGAAUCGCAAUAGCUCCCUCUACUCCCAAAUCACCCUCCGCCCCCGCGUCCUCGUCGACGUCGCCUCCGUCUCUACCGCGACAACGAUGCUCUCCCACCCCAUGCGCGCCCCCAUCUUCUGCCCCCCCACAGCCAUGGCCCGUCUCGUCCAUCCAGAAGGCGAAAAGGAACUCGGCCGCGCCUGCAAAUCCACUGGCGUGCCCCAGUGCGUCUCCGUCUCCGCCUCAUUCCCGCUCGCCGACAUCCUCGCCGCACACGCCGCACAUCACCCCCCGACACCCUACGACAUCCCCGUCUUCUUCCAGCUCUAUGUCGACAAGAACCGUGCAAACUCGGAACGCCUCCUCCGCUCCGCCCAAGCGCAGGGCGUAAAAGCCUUAUUCCUCACAAUCGACGCCCCGAUCCCCGGGAAACGCGAGGCCGACGAGCGUGUGGCGUCCGACGAGUCCCUGGGUUCCCCCAUCUCAGGUGCCCGCGCCGUGAACGACGCAAAGGGCGGUGCCCUGGGCCGCAUCAUGGGGAGCUACAUUGACGCAUCGGUACACUGGUCCGAUAUUGCCUGGCUCCGGCGUACCGUCCCCGGUCUGCCCAUCGUUCUAAAGGGCGUGCAGACAUGGAUGGAUGCCGAGCGCGCCGUCGAGGCCGGCGUCGAGGCCAUUGUUCUCUCCAACCACGGCGGGCGGAGCCUCGAUACGUCCCCGGCGACCGUCAUGGUGCUGCUGGAGCUGCAGAAGAACUGCCCGCACGUGUUUGACAGGGUCGAGGUCUACGUGGAUGGCGGCAUCUCGCGCGGGACGGAUAUCUUCAAGGCGCUGUGUCUUGGUGCCAAGGCCGUGGGUGUUGGGAGAGGGCUGUUGUACGGGCUCAAUUAUGGCGCCGAGGGCGUGGAACGGUAUAUUGAGAUCCUGCGAGACGAACUGGAGACUACGAUGAAAAUGUGCGGCGUCACCGACCUGAACCAGGUCCAUCCGGGUUUCCUCAAUACGUUGGCUGUGGACCACCUCGUUCCGGGACGACAGGACAACCCAAAUACACCAUGGCGCCGUGAUCAGCACAGCAAGCUGUAG